GGUGAUGGUUAAAUAUGCCCCCAGAGAGCAAAUGUUUGUAUUCAAGGUUUAGUAUUCAGAAUUGCUUCUUGAGACGUAGCCUACCUUAAAGAACCACCUGCCACAGGAUGACAUUGUUAAUCCGAGGACUCAUCUGUUGCAUGUUGUUGCUUGCUAUGGAGGUCCAAGGAACAUACCGACUUCAUGGAGGAUACCAUCCUCGGCAGCAUCACGCAGACACCCGUAUCCUGCCACCGCAAACGUUUCAGCGGAGCAUUCAACAGCAACAACCAUUUCAGAGUGCUCCACAAGGACAGCAACAAAUUGGGAAUGUUCAGCAACCAGCUCAGUUGUCUCAGAAUCAGAAUCAAAGAACUAUUGAUUUGGGAGGUUGGUUCAUUUUCGUGCCAUGUAGGCCCAUAAUAUUCUGUAGAGAGCCUUUUAUGCACGGGGUAUGCUUGCUGGUCAUUGUGCAAAGACAUCGGUAGCUGAUAUUUUCUAAUAGAUUGCGCAGUUAUUCACCUUUGUUAAGUUUUAUUGCUGUUUAUGACUUUACAUUUAAGAUUAUAGUAUCUUUAAAUUUGAGAUAAUUUGGCAUUGUUGUCCAUGUAUGACAAAAGUUCUGAAAUGUAAGCGGGUAUUGGCCAGUCCUUGGGUAUUACAGAAUAAAGGCAGAUAUACAUUUGUUACUGUAAAUAUACUUUAUCUUGCCAUACAAUUGCAUACAUUUUGAAAUUCAUUAGCUGGAAAAUGUUAACAAAAUAGUACACCAAAGGAAGGACUGGCGUCAAUGUGUACUCAAACCUUUGGGCUAGGGCUAUAGUAAAUGCUAUAGUAAAUGCUAUAGUAAAUGUUCUGGCUAUUAUAUCCAUACAAUAAUGGAUUUAUGAAGCGCUUUUCCAGGAGUUCAGAACAUUGACAUUGUGCGAAUUGAGAAACAACCUACUGUAUGUUUGUAGCUUAGUAGCUGCAAUAAGCAUGAAGAAAUACUGAUGCAUAAUUUACUUAAUUGCUAGCAUACAGCCUCUCACUGAUGCUUAAGGCUAAUAACAGCAGGCUAAUGUACUUCACAUCAUCACCUAGCCAUAGGCAUCUCAUUGCGCUUGAGGCAAACAAAAUAACCGUUGCUCUACUGCUUCUCCAUCUUCCUCCCUCAUGGUGGCCCAAAGUACAUGGCAAUAAUUACAGGUUUAAUGGCUAUCACUACUAUCACCAGCCGCCCAGGAAAUGGCCACCAGUCAUGUACCUCCGGCCCACAGCACCACCCCCUCCACCUGAACAGCCGGUCAGUACCCCAAGCGGCACCCCCACUCCCAUCAUCAGUGCUGGCACAGGUAGAAUACUUUAGCUAAAAAACAAAAACCUCCUUUUGAUUGAACCCCUCAAGGACUGAUUGGUUGCUGGGUAGAAAUCUGAAUCGGAACCCCCCCCCUUAUGUUGGUGUUUUUAUGUGUUUUAUUUUUCUUCCUUUUUACAAUCUAUUUGUCCUAUGAUUGAGCAGGUGCUAUCAUAUAAGUCACUAUUGGGUAGUUUUCAUUUUUUCCUCCUCUGCAUGUGAAUCUUGAGAGAAGUAAACAUGAGCCUUCUAUUUGGUUUACCAUGUUACAUUGAAAUUGGUUUGGUUGAAUUGAACCUUAUCUUUCCCUGUUUCCAAGUGUCCAUGUUUACUUGCCUCGGAAAAGUUCAGAAACUUCUCUCACUAAGCUUUGCUUCCCCUUAUAUCUAUUCAUAGCUUUAGAAGUUUGUAUUCAUCCACUUUUUCUUUAGACUUUUUAAAACGUUUAUUUUUACUGCUGUUUUUAGUAUCAUUGCUGUGUGUACUGAAGCAUACACGGUUGCCCGCUUAAAAACUAACGCUCCCAUCCAAUCUAUUUGAAAUAGUAGCACCUAGUAAAUUCACCAGUAAAACAUGUCAAGCUGACUUGCUAAAACCCUCAGCAACCCAGACCUGAAUGUGAAGCCAGAAUGUGUUUGAUACAGCAGUUCUCUGUCAAAGUGUGUAGAGCAAACCAUUCCACCUUCGGUGGUAAAAACCAAUGCCCCAUCUUUUCCCUCACAGUAACCCACUGCAAAAGCCGGCCCCUAGAUCUGGUGUUCAUUAUCGACAGUUCCCGUAGCGUGCGCCCCGCAGAAUUCGAGAAGGUCAAAAUAUUCCUGGCUGACAUGGUCGACACGCUCGAGGUUGGCUCGGACGCCACCCGUGUGGCCGUCGUGAACUACGCUAGCACAGUGAAGAUCGAGUUCCUGCUCAAGACGCACUUCGACAAGCCGGGCCUGAAGGCAGCGCUGGCCCACAUCGAAUCUCUAGCGGCUGGCACCAUGACUGGCCUGGCUAUCAAGACGGCCAUGGAGGAGACCUUCACCGAGGAGUCAGGCUCCCGGCUAGCCAACAAGAACAUCGCCAAGGUGGCCAUCAUCGUGACGGACGGACGGCCCCAGGACACGGUGGAGGAGGUGGCCGCGGCAGCGAGGGCGGCGGGCAUCGAGAUCUACGCAGUGGGGGUGGACAGGGCGGACAUGAAGUCCCUACGCCUCAUGGCCAGUCUGCCACUGGACGAACACGUGUUCUAUGUGGAGACCUACGGCGUCAUCGAGAAGCUCACGUCCAAGUUCAGGGAAACCCUGUGUGGUAAGAGAGUGAGGCAAUUUGUAUAUUUUUAAACUGUGUUGAAGCAGGGAGUCAUGCUGAGAGCAUGGUUUCAUUCGCAGAUUAACCCUGCAUGAAAACAUCAAUAAACAACAAUUACACUAUACAUACGCUACCGGUCAAAAGUUUUAGAACACAAACUCAUUGAAGGGUUUUUCUUAAUUUUUUCUAUUUUCUACAUUGUAGAUUAAUAGUGGAGACCUCAAAACUAUGAAAUAAGAGCUAUGGAAUCAUGUAGUAACCAAAAAAGUGUUAAAAAAAAUCUAAAUAUAUUUCUGAGAUUCUUCAAAUAGCCACCCUUUGCCUUCAUGACAGCUUUGCACACUCUUCGCAUUCUCUCAACCAGCUUCACCUGGAAUGCUUUUCCAACAGUCUUGAAGGAAUUCCCACAUAUGCUGAGCACUUGUUGGCUGCUUUUCCUUCACUCUGCGUUCCGUUUCAUCCCAAACCAUCCCAAUUGGGUUGAGGUCGGGUGAUUGUGGAGGCCAGGUCAUCUGAUACAGCGCUCCAUCACUCUCGUUCUUGGUCAAAUAGCCCUUACACAGCCUGGAGGUGUGUCAUUGUCCUGUUGAAAAACAAAUGAUAGUCCCACUAAGCCCAAACCAGAUGGGACAGUGUACUGCUGCAGAAUGCUGUUGUAGCCAUGCUGGUUAAAUGUUCCUUGAAUUCAAAAUAAAUCACAGACAGUGUCACAAGAAAAGCACCCCCACACCAUAACACCUCCACCUCCAUGCUUUACGGUGGGAAAUACACAUGCGGAGAUAAUCUGUUCACCCACACCGCAUCUCACAAAGACACGGCGGUUGGAACCAGACCAAAGGACACAUUUCCACCGGUCUAAUGUCCAUUGCUCGUGUUUCUUGGCCCAAGCAAGUCUCUUCUUCUCCUUGGUGUCCUUUAGUAGUGGUUUCUUUGCAGCAAUUCGACAAUGAAGGCCUGAUUCACACAGUCUCCUCUGAACAGUUGAUGUUGAGAUGUGUCUGUUACUUGAACUCUGUGAGGCAUUUAUUUGGGCUGCAAUUUCUGAGGCUGGUAACUCUAAUGAACUUAUCCUGCAGCAGAGGUAUCUCUGGGUCUUCCAUUCCUGUGGCGGUCCUCAUGAGAGACAAUUUCGUCAUAGCGCUUGAUGGUUUUUGCGACUGCAUUUGAAGAAACGUUCAAAGUUCUUGAAAUGUUCCAUAUUGACUGACCUUCAUGUUUUAAAGUAAUGAUGGACUGUCGUUUCUCUUUGCUUAUUUGAACUGUUCUUGCCAUAAUAUGGACUUGGUCUUUUACCAAAUAGGGCUAUCUUCUGUAUACCCCCCCCCCCCCCCCCCCCCCACACACACACACACACACCUUAUCACAAGACAACUGAUUGAGAAGGAAAUAAAUUACACAAAUUAACUUUUAAGAAGGCACACCUGUUAAUUGAAAUGCAUCCCAGGUGACUACCUCAUGAAGCUGGUUGAGAGAAUGCCAAGAGUGUGCAAAGCUGUCAUCAAAGCAAAGGGUGGCUAUUUGAAGAAUCUCAAAUAUAAAAUAUAUUUUGAUUUGUUAAAAACACUUUUUUGGUUACUACAUGAUUCCAUGUGUUAUUUCAUGGUGUUGAUGUUUUCACUAUUAUUCUACAAUGUAGAAAAUAGUAAAAAUAAAGAAAAACCCUUCAAUGAGUAGGUGUUCUAAAACUUUUGACAGGUAGUGUAUCUAUAUACACAUAAAUUACACAAUACAUGAAAAGCAAACAGAAAACACGAAAAGCAAAACCCAAUCAUAUGAAACAAACACAUUCUUCAGUAAAAAGGCUCUCUAACAUCCGCCUGAAUUGCCCUAGAGGCACCAACUCCACCUACUUUAAGGACUUUUGGAGAUCAAAAGAUUAAGUCAUGUUAUGUACAAUUCCUUAAGGGCCACAGUCCAGCUGAUUUGGGUUUCUUCCAGUCCUUGACACCUACUUGAUCAACUAAUGUUAUUGAUCACCCAGGAAGUACACAUAUCUGGUUUCUCAGAUUGAAACUAGUUGUUGGUUAAAAUUCAAGAAUGGAAACCAGCAGAUGCAGCCCUCGAGAACUGGUGUUGUGCACCUGUACCCAAAAAACAUUGAUUAAUGUGUUAGGUAUGCAAAUCAUAGAAUAAUAAUUAUGUCAACAUUUAAUGUGAAACAGCAAUCUUCGAUUAGAUUCCGUAUGAUAACCCUCAAUUGACCAAUUAGAAAGUAAUUGAUCAUUUACAUUAAUCCAAACCUAAUUAUUCCUGUUCACGUUGACGAUGUUGUCAGACUAAGCCAAUCAGCUGUGAGGAUGUUUGUUUACAGGUGUGGAUGCCUGUGCCUUGGGACACGAUUGUGACCACAUUUGUGUCAAGAACAACAACUCGUACACCUGCAAGUGUCGAGAAGGCUAUACACUGAAUGCGGACAAGAAAACAUGUUCACGUAAGGACCACAAGCCUCUAUCGGGAAUGUAGGUAUCACUUUGUUUUAUAGGUACCUAUAUAAGGACUUCAUAAUACAUUCAUACCCAUGAAUAACCCAUUCACAAGCAAUAAUUUCUUAAAUGCUCAUGCCAACAGCCACAGGUAGAUUUUUCUGUUAUGUCACCGGUAUAUUGCUUAUAUUGCAGAUUUCAACUUGCGAUUGUUGACAUAAGUAUAUUAUGAAAUGCUUAUGUACUGCUUAUGAAUGUGUUAUGUAUGAGCUAUACAUGCAUUAUGAAGUCCUUAUGUAGGUACCCUUCAAAUAAAGUGUUACCUGAAUGUUUUUUGUGUGUAGUGGACGUUUCUACUGUAUUAAUUGUGUAAUAGAGAAAGGAGAGGGCAAAGAAUACAAGCCUUGUAUUUAGGGGCAAAGGUUAAUAUUAAUGUGAAAGAUUUUGUCUUAUGUUUACACCUGGCAGCAGGUUCUUUGCAAAACCAAAAUGGAUCAGGUUUGAACGGUUGGUGCACCUUUAUUCCAGAAUUCAUGGGCUAGAAAACCUAAACUCUGCUGUCAUGGUAUGCAUGCCCAGUGCUUGAAGUAGAUUGAAAUAGGUGCCGGUGCUUAACUUGGGUGCUGGUACUGUUUUAUAUUUAGGUGCCGGAACUUUAUAUUUUUAAGCCAAUAUUCAACAAGAGUUGCAGGAACUAAUGCAGGAGAACAUUUGAGGUGCAUGGAACUCAGUUUCUGUGUGUUCCUGCCGAAGUCAAGCACUGUGCAUGCCACUAUCCAAUGCAGUUAUGCCAUCUUUGCUAGCUAACAUUGCUGUCCCCCCCUUCACCUUACGGCUAAUACAUGGUGAGUUUGUUGUGACGUGUGGGCAUGGCUUAUUUAGUAUUCGCACCCAUGGAGCUGUAGAGUAGCCCGGGCAGCAGGGCCGGAGCUCUCGACCUGAUCUUGGUCAUCGACGGCUCCAAGAGCGUCCGCCUUGACAACUUUGAGCUGGUGAAGCGUUUCGUGGUGCAUCUGGUGGACUUGCUCCAAGUCAGCCCUGGCACUGUACAGGUCGGCCUGAUCCAGUAAUCCAGCAGAGUCCGGACCGAGUUCACCUUAAACCAGCACCGGACCGCCAAAGCUUUGAAGGAGGCGGUGAGAGGUGGACAGAAGCAUCUCGCAGGGAGUGGGCGCCAGGCCAAAGUCAGCCAAUGUGCUCCGGGACAGUCAAAAUACGACAUCUCUGAGCACUCCAGGAACCUCAAUGAGCAGGGUGAGACCCCUUUUUCUUAUACAGUAUAAUGUAACACCAUUUUAUUUUUUACUUUUUACCCCUUUUUCUCCCCAAUUUCGUGAUAUCCAAUUGGUAGUUACAGUCUUGUCCCAAUGCUGCAACUCCCGUAUGGACUCGGGAGAGGCGAAGGUCAAGAGACAUGCGUCUUCCAAAACACGACCCUGCCAAGCCGCACCGCUUCUUGACACACUGCCCGCUUAACCCGGAAGCCAGCCGCACCACUUCUUGACACACUGCCCGCUUAACCCGGAAGCCAGCCGCACCAAUGUGUCGGAGGAAACACUGUACAACUGGCGACCGUGUCAGCGUGCAUGCGCCUGGCCCGCCACAGGAGUCGCUAGAGCGCGAUGGGACAAGGACAUCCCGGCCGGCCAAACCCUCCCCUAACCCGGAUGACGCUGGGUCAAUUGUGCGUCUCCUCAUGGGUCUCCCGGUCAUGGUCGGCUGCGACACACCCCGGGAUCGAACCCGGAUCUGUAGUGACACCUCAUUCACUGCAGUGCCUUGGACUGCUGUGCCACUCGGGAGGCCCUAACACCAUUUUAUUGAGUGUAACAUUUCAGAAGAUGUAAAAUGGUGACUAAAAACUCUAAAAUGACUCCAGAUAUCUUCCCCUCCAAAUGUAAAGGCAGUAUUUCCCCCCCGAGUGUAUUAUAUGAAUGCAUGUUUCCUCAUACCAUAGCUCUGUAAUCCUUAGACGUCCCAUCCCAUGUAUCAUAUACCCUACCUCAGUUUUGGGUUUGUCUAAGUGACCCUUGUCAUGUCCUGUCUUCCUCUCUUUCCCCAGGUGUGGAGAUAUACAAACGGAGGAGAGAGAGCUCCAGGAGAUAGCCUCUGAGCCCCACAGCCAGCAUUACUUUCACUCGGCCAACUUUUGCACCAUCGACUCCAUAGCUCACACCUUAAAGAGCAAGUUGUGCCACAGUAAGGAAGAAGGAAAUGGAUGAGCAUAGGGAGGUGCAGCAUGAGCUAGCUGCUAGCGGAACAGGAGUUAGACACAGGAAAAGGACACAAAGGAGCUCGGCCGUCUGACUUGUUUUUGGCCUCAUGCGUUUGUUGGACUGAUGUCUGGGUCUCUCAAAUUGCAUGCCGUCACCUAUGGUUUGCUUUUAAUCUUCGGGAGACCUUGAAAAAUCUAAGUAUAUGAACUACUACAUGAUGGGUUUGUGUUAUGAUGAACAAGUGCUUGAAUGAAUGGCUGUUGUUAACCUUUUGCAAAAACCAAUUGAUUUACCACUGACUUCCCCUCAAUGAUCGAAAAAGCUUCACCUGAUCUUUGACUAACCACUUGACUGUAUGCAAUGUCUGUAUUUGAAGUAUUGACAUUAAGUCAACUAGUUGUCACACUUUACAUUAAGUUGCUCCAGAACCACGUAGUAACAGGUAAUUAUAAUAUUUGGUAGCACUGUGCAAUUUGUAACUACACAAGUAGUUUCCUUGUAACCAAUAGGGAAAAGGGUUUUAAUAGAUUCCUAGGUGUGGACGAAGUGUCACGUUAUUACACUUUACGUUUCUAUGUAGCCUAUCAACUUGUCAGCUAUAACUUGUUUAAUGGUAACUAGAGUUACUUAAUGUACAUUUCUAUAUCAAAAUGUACAAUUUAUUCAUGAUUGACUUCUGCCAUUGAUGUCUCUUUCAGAGGACGCAAACGAGAUGAGUGGGAAUAAGCUGAGUGAAGACGCGUGCAUGUGUGAGGCUCAGAUUGCCUUCCAGAUGAAGAUGCAGUCCACCAUACAGGAGCUGACCAGCAAACAUAUCCUUUUACCCCACCAUUGUUUUUUAAUGGGUGGUAUUUAUUCAUAUAGCAAUUUCACAAGAUCUCAAAGCCACUACCACCAGCUGCAAUGUUGUACAUACAGUUUGCCUACCAGUGGGGUAGCACAGUUCUGUGUGGAUUUAGUUUUUUUCCAUGGGGCAUGGAGAAAACUAGAGAAAAAUUUGCAAUUUUAUAGCUAAUCACAUGCUAUUUUACACAUUCUGCCAUGAGGCUGACAGACGGGACAAUCUCAAUAUUUGUCUUAAUAUUAACACAAUUUGAAAUAUAUAUUUUGAUAGACCAUCUAAAUGCAACUAACUGGAUUUAUGUCAACUCCCUAAGGCAUUUCAUUUUUACAAUUAUUGUCCAACAAGUGUUUGAAGGCCUUGAUUGUUUAUUCUAACAUUAGAUUAUUUAAAAAAUGUAAUACAAAUCUACAAACUUAUUUUUGUUUGGUCUUGUAGCACUAUUAAAUGCUCCAGGGCUAAUGAUCCAGGGCAUUUUGGCAUGUUUUUCUAGAUUUAGAACUUAAAACAACAUUUGUGUGCUACGCCAGUGACGCCUACAUAUAUUGCUCUACUUUCAACUGUUACCCUUUUCUCUUUCCGAUUCCCGAGACAGUAAAGAACUAUGACACUUUAAGAUUGCUCAUAUGCAUAUACUGUAUAUGUAUUGAAGAAGACAAAUGUUUCCUUGACUGUUAUGUCCACUAGAUGAUUUAUCGAGGAUAGUGACCCAGGUUGGACGAAAGCGUUGAUUCUAAAGAAGAGGACACAGCAAAGAGACCAUUUAGAGCUCACCCAGUUAACCUCAAUCUAAAAUGGCUGUAUAGUUUUCCUGUUUUAGCAACGUUCAUUAUUAACAACAGUCCAUUUUGGAGUUAUUGUAUGUACUGUAUAACCUCCUUCAAUCUAUGUGUUUUACAUAUAAGACAUUUUGUUUACCAUUGAAUGACUUGGCCAGUAAUGUUCCAUUUGCUCACAAUGGAGUAUCCCCCAUUUCAUCCCAUUUAAGCUAAGAACAAAGACCAAAGUAGAUUUUUUUUGCACAAUAAUUUGCUCCCCAUGGUAGCACCUUUCCAGUUAACAAUAUUCGAUAUGUAUUUUAUCUUCCACCUAUAAUGAAAGUGCAGAGGAAGCAACAGGCUACAUCACUGACAAGUGAUUUGUUUCCUUAUUGUGGCGUGUGCGAGAUAAAUGAAAGACAUGACACAGGAAAUGUAAUUUAUGUCAAUGCGUAAUUAUUGAAUAUUUAUAUAUAUAUAACUUGUAUUU